AUGCUGGAGCGGUACCUGUCAGACUACACACCCACCUCGACCACGGCUUCAACAAGCGAUUCAGCCGCCCCGUCGCGAGACUCGCCCGAGCCGAACGAAGGACAGACCGGCCUGCACCCAGCCGACCUCCCAUCUGACGGUCUAGAGUUCAACGACAAGGCCCGAGUGGACCUUGACGGCGACGUCGACAAUCACGACCCCAGCCGCGGCCGCUCACCUCCUCCACGGUAUCCCUACUCGGCCUCUGAAGCCUCUGCGUCGACAGCCUUCUCCCUCAUCGGCCUGCGACCCGCUCCUCCGCCCUUUUCCAGUCUCUACGAGUACGCCUCCGCCGAAGACCUUGCCGACGACCACUUCGCGCUCCCACCUCCAGCUUCAAGCCGCGCCGCUUCAGAAGUAGCAGCCUCGUCCGCCACAGCUGCUCCCGCCUACGCGCCGACCGCUUCGGGCUCCUCUGCUCAGGAAGGCUCCUCUGCGUCUUGUGCUCUCCCCCACGUCGUCGCCGAGACUAAACGAGCCCUCCCGCAAGACACCAAAGCCGAAUCUUCGGGCCAGAAACCCGACGACUCAAGCGAACCGCCUCCCGCCUACUCAGAAGGAGAUAGCCCGCUACUCUCUUUCUCUUAUCUAAUGGCUGCCGCCGGGGGCGCUGCGAGUAUCAUUACUCAAGUUCAACAAGGAGGGCCUCCUAUCAACGCUAUCGGAGAUGUCGGCGCUGAUGAAACCAUUACUAUGGACUUGCGGGGCACCCGCUUUGUCCUGUCAAGAGAUGAGCUUCUAACCCUACCGGAAUUUGUGCUCCUGUCACUAUUCCCCAAUGGACUGUUCCCAGAAGGCCAUAUGGGCGGUUUCGCCGAAGGCGAUGCCGUGCAAGUCGAUGUCAGUACCCAACGCAGUAGUCCCAUUACCCAGCCACCUGCCCUUUCAUCUACAGCUCAACUGGUACCGAGCUUUGCGAUUGGCCUCCCACGCUCUUCCACCACCCGCAAUCUCCUCUCAAACAUAGAUAUGCAUUUCACUGACCUCACAUCCCAGUAUGACCCUGCCUCUCUACAGUAUAUGCUAGACUUCUUUCGCAAUGUUGCGCAAACCAUCCCCAGUGAAUCAUCCCCCAAUGCUUCUCCUGACGGUGGUGUGAUGCCAAUCGAUUCUCUCGGCGGAAGAGACGAUGGCAGUAAGCGUGCGGGCAUCAUUGUCCUCCGAGAGGAUCUCGAUUUCUACGUCAUCCCGCCUCGGCCAGAGAUUGACCAAAAGGAAAUGAUCGAGGUCAAACGUGCCGCUGCCCGGGCCUUGCUGAGACAAGGUGGCAUCUUCUCAGGACUUAAGAGGAGCGAUGAGCCAGGCACUACUGAGGCUCACCUGAUUGAGAUGCUCACGGCUGGCGGUUUCAAUCACGAUGAUCACUGGGGCCAUCGAGCAGGAGAACCCAACAAAGCUGUCGUAUGCAGUCUUGCCCUUGCCAGAUUACGCAGUGACAUCCGUGGUAACGACAUGGGCAACAAUGCUGUGGGUAUGGCGCAGAAGCUCCUGCUCUUCUGGAGGAAGCCAGCCCGUCGAUGCUGGUGGGAAGGUGUUGACUUGACGGAUGUCGAAGGAGUUGACGGCCCUCUGAAGGUGUGGAUUCGGAGGGUUUGGACACUGGAGAUGAGCGUCAUUGGACUCCGCUGA